AUGGAUCUUUCUUCGCAAGUCAAGCAGGAGGAGUGCUCGCCUACUCUAGCUUGGGGCCUUUAUACCAUAUCUCAGCGAACCCCUUCGCCAGAGUUGGGAACUCCUUCACUAGAGUCGCGUACUCCUUCGCCGAGGUUUGGUCACGCAUCUAGAGAUGCACUUUGUAUGGCAAAGCUUCCCGGACAGUCCUUCGUCUUUCCCGCCUAUCACUACAAUGAAAUUCGUCCCGCAAAAUCCCCUCGUAGAAAGGCGAAAACUGAGCUGACUCCAAAUCAAGGCGAUCCGGCCUCCAGCGCGUCAAACCUCGCGCCUUUUUGUUCAUCUGCUUUAUUAGAAGCAUCCUUACACGUUGCCUCUUCCCCGAAACCUAUAUCUCGACCUCACAUUCCCCGGCCGCCUAAUGCGUUUAUGAUCUUCCGUUCCCAUUUUCUCAAACUCGAUGCCGCGGAUUGCCUUGAUCGUCGUCAACAAAAUCUCAGCCGUCUUGCUGGUACAGCCUGGAACUCGUUAACCUCUGACGAAAAGGCGAAAUGGCACGAAGAGGCUGCGCAGGCGUUACUCAAGCAUCAACAAGAGUAUCCCAACUACAAAUUUACACCGGCACCUCGGGGCUCACGUCGUGCGAAAAACACGAUACGAGUCAAAUGCGAAGACUCUGAAAAGGGAGAAUACCGAGACGUUCGAGACAAGUACAUGGGUAUACCGGGAGUCUCUGAGAUGCACCGACGACAAAGGAAUGUUAAACGCGAACACCGUGUUGAGUUCUCAACGAGAAUCGCCCCACAUCAACUCACCGGCCAUUCUUCCCAAGCUCAAUUUUCACCCGCUCUCCCCUGUUCUGCGUCCGACGACUCCCCUGCGUUACCCCCUUGUUUUCCACAGGUCUCCUACCCUCAUAUUAUUGUUCCACGCCGGCCGUCCACUUCACUUGGGUUCUCUUCGUCCACUUCCAUACGGGAUAAAUUUUACCGUGGCACCCACCACAAACGAAGCCUCACACGUCCGUCGUCCGCAGCGUCAUCUAACAACGCUUUAUCCGGAGCCCUUUAUGACCUUGAUAUCGCUUCAGCAUCUUCCGGCCUUGAAACCGUCUCGUUGCCAUCUACCCCACUAUCUUCUCCCGUUGGGCAAUUUUCCAACCCUUGGACAACUUACAACGUUAACAAUCAGGGGGCUUAUCGGCGGCAACCUGACGUGAGUGUGGGACCAACAGAAAUCGGGGAGCCGUUCAUGGCUACCCCAAGUCCUUUCCAACAAAUAAAUCAUCAGUCCAUCGUUAAUGACGCUUUCCUCGAUUACUAUCCCUCUCACGAAGAACAAUGCAAACUCCACAUUCCCAUGGACAACGCAGGUUUAUCAGCAUACAACCCGCCUAGCAAUUUCGAACCCUCCCAAUGGACCUUUACGAAUGGGCUCGGAGAUGGCUCCAACUUCCUUUGUAGUAUGCCGGUUGGAACAUAUACUCCAUGA